CGUGGACUAAUUUUUUAUGGCGGAAAAAAAGGCUGAAACCAGUGGCUUGCAAGAAGAGGAGGAGGUUUCAAUAUCUGCCUCUGUGAUAAACCCUGAACGAGAUGCAGAGGUCGUGGAGGACGAAGAAGAAGGAGAAGAGGAGGAGGAAGAAGAAGACAAUGAUGAAGAAGGUGAAGAAGAUAUGGAAGAUGGGGAGUACACACUGCGGUUUGAAGGUGAGAUGGAUCCGUUGGACUUCACGGAGGAUGAUGCCAAUGGAUACCAGCCUUAUCAGCAAUUUGAGCGCCUCGAGUACGAAGCUCUGGCUGAGAAAAAGCGAAAAGCGCUUGCCCAGUCCCAACGAGAUGGAUCUGCGAAGAAGCCUAGGCAAGAGGUGCUUGGUGCAAGUAUUGCUGAAAUUAUGGAAGUAAUGAACUAUAUGGGAAGAAAGUCAAGGAAGCCUAAGAAAAGGGGAAGGCGGAAGGGAUCGAAAAAUAAGCUUAGCCCUGAAGUCACUAGGAAACUUGGAGAUGCUACUCUUCAUUAUGCAUUUGGCCGUUAUGAAGAGGCCAUUAGUGUACUCAAAGAGGUUGUUCGGCUUGCACCAAAUUUGCCUGAUUCAUACCAUACACUUGGCCUUGUUCAUAACGCAAUUGGGGACAAAAAGAAAGCAUUGAACUUUUACAUGAUUGCUGCACAUUUGUCACCAAAGGAUCCCUCUCUCUGGAAACUGCUUUUCACCUGGUCCAUAGAGCAAGGAAAUACUGGUCAGGCCAGGUAUUGCCUCUCUAAAGCUAUAACAGCUGAUCCAGAGGAUAUCAGUCUUAGGUUUGAUCGUGCAUUGCUUCUUAUUGAGCUUGGGGAUUAUCAAAAAGCUGCAGAAUCAUAUGAGCAAAUAUUAAAGCGAGGUCCUGAGAAUGUUGAAGCACUCAAGAUGGCUGCAAAGAUGUUCCAAAAAUGUGGUCAGUAUGAACGAGCUGUUCGAAUUCUGGAGGAUUAUAUGAAGGAUCAUCAGACUCGAACUGAUUUGGAUGUGGUUAAUCUUCUAGUUGCCAUACACAUGAAAAAUAAUUCACAUGUUGAAGCUCUUCAGCAGAUUGAUCAUGCACGUUUGGUUUACCACUCUCGAGAGGAAUUCCCAUUACAUCUAAAUGUUAAGGCUGGAAUUUGUGAAAUUCAUCUGGGUAAUUUGGACAAGGCCGAGAUUCUUUUCAGGGAUUUGCAAAAGGAGCAUACUGAUGAUCAUCCUAAGUUGAUUAGUGAUGUUGCUGAUUCAUUUAUGAAUCUUGGUCAGUAUGAAUCUGCAUUGAAGUAUUAUUGCAUGCUUGAAGCAAAUGGUGGAAAUGACCAUGGCUUCUUACAUUUUAAAAUUGCUCAGUGUUACUUAUCAUUGAACAGAAGAGUACAAGCUAUUCCAUUUUUCCAUAGAGGUCUGAACUCUAUGGAGGGAAAUAUUGAUGCCCGCCUAACUUUAGCUUCCCUUCUUCUUGAAGAAGAAAAAGAAGAUGAAGCCAUUCAAUUGCUUUCUCCCCCAAAAAACUCAGGGUCAACAGUGGACAAAAAUUCUAUACAAUGUACACAGUGGUGGCUUAAUGGGAAAAUAAAAAAGCUACUAGCUCGAAUUUAUCAUUCCAGAGGGAUGCUUGAAGACUUUGUCAAUGCAAUAUUUUCCUCUGUUCGUGAAACUUUGUUUAUUGAAACCAUGAACCAAAAGGUGAGAAACAGAAAAAGGCUCCCAAGAAGCGUUCUCCUUGAAAGACUUAAAAAAGGACUGGGUGAUCGUGAAGCUGAUGCUGUAUUUCAUGGGUUUAGACCAAUUGCAGCUGCAUCAGAUUUGUCAAAAGCUGCAAGAGCUAAGAAGUCACUUGAAAAGAAGGCUGCUUUGAAGGAAGAAAAGAAAGCCGCAGCAUUGGCUGCUGGGCUUGAUUGGCAAAGUGAUGAUUCAGAUGAUGAGCCUGUGGAAAAAACAAGAGAGCUACCGCUGCCCAACCUUCUAAAGGAUGAGGAGCAUUAUCAGCUUAUUUUAGACUUAUGCAGGGCACUGUCUUCAUUGCGAAAGUAUUGUGAGGCACUGGAGAUCAUAAAUCACACUCUAAGAUUAGCAUACAGUACCCUGUCUGUUGAGAAGAAAGAGGAGCUUCGAUCCCUUGGGGCUCAAAUAGCAUACAACACCAAUCCAACACAUGGUUAUGACUUUGCACGAUGCAUUGUUCGACAACAUCCUCGCAGUUUUGCUGCCUGGAACUACUACUACAAAGUGAUUUCGAGACUAGGGUAUCGGUUAUCGAAGCAUUCAAAAUUCUUGCUCUCUAUGCGUUGCACAUAUGCUGAUUGUGUACCACCCAUGCUCAUUUAUGGGCACCAGUUUACAAUGAUUAGCCAGCAUCAAGCAGCCACAAGGGAAUACUUGCAGGCAUAUAAGUUGCAACCAGACAAUCCCUUGAUAAAUCUGUGUGUAGGUUCUUCUCUAAUCAACUUAGCUCUUGGAUUAAGACUGCAAAACAAGCACCAUUGUCUUGCACAAGGCUUCGCAUUCCUCUACAACAAUCUGCGAAUUUGUGAAAACAGCCAGGAAGCCUUGUAUAACAUUGCCCGAGCUUGUCAUCAUGUUGGACUCGUUACACUUGCCGUAUCAUAUUAUGAGAAAGUGCUAGCAAUUCAUGAGAAGGAUUACCCAAUCCCAGAGCUUCCUAAUGAGGAUUCAAGCCUUACAGAAAUUCAGAAGCCAGGUUAUUGUGACCUACGCAGAGAGGCUGCAUACAAUUUGCACUUGAUAUACAAGCAAAGUGGUGCUUUAGAUCUUGCUAGGCAGGUCCUCAAAGACCAUUGCACUCCUUAAAAAAACUUUUCAAAGUUAACAUGUAUUAUAUGGUUCAAAUACAAGCUCAUACCAACCUGAAAUUUUAUGGAUUUCU